GAUGCAAUAAACCGCACCAUGUUUUUGGCAAAGGUUAGGUUUCCAAUGACCCAAAUAGAGCGGCAAGCUGCAAAAGAAAUUUUCGCCUCAGCAUCCGCACCAUUUGUAGGAGGUACUGUUGGGGCUAUCGAUCGCACUCAUGUGUCAAUCAUGAGCCCAAAAAAUCAUGAAGAAGCGUAUGUCAACCACCAUGGAUACCAUUCUAUCAAUGUGCAAAUGAUAUGUGAUCCAAAUAUAAGAUUUUGGCUGUCAAUGCUAAAUACCCAGGAGCACGACAUGAUUCAAUUAUUUGGAGCUCCUCUGUAGUCCGGAGAG